UUGCUCCCAAGAAUACACUCAAUAUCAGUCAAGCUGUUUCUUGUACUUUCCUGAGUAUAUGUUUUUGUAUGUGUGUGUGUUUUGGAACAGCGUCGUUUCAAGCCAUUGCUUUCUCACCGUGUUAUUGUUAUGAUAAGUGCGUGUGUGUGUCUGUGAGGGUGAUACAAGAUUUACUUUUUUGGGUUCUUGAACAAUUUGGGGCGUAUUAAUUGCUUUUUCAGAGAAAACCCCAUAAAUUUUCCCGGGUGAUUUGUCAAGAAAAGAUUCAUUUUUUUUUUAUUUUCUGUUUGUAGAAUGUGGUUUUUCUGAUAGAGGGGGGUGGAAGUAUACUGUUUUCAAGUACAUAGGGGAGGGAUAGGUGGGCAUGUGAGAUGCUUUUACUGAGGCUGAUAAUGAAGAUGGCCCCUCUUUAAAUGUUGUAUUCUCUCUCUCUCUCUCUCCCCCCUUCAUCAAAGUCACUUUGGUGGAGUGUUCCAAGAUUGAGACUUGAAGCCCAUUUGUUUUAAUUAAUAAAAUAACAAUUCUGCUGCAGUAGAAUUAAAGAUCAAGACCCAUUUUUGUCAUUGUUAUUAUUAUGAGGCAGAACUCUCUUUCUCAUAGUAAUAGCCAUAGAAGAGAAGCCAUGGCUGGUGCCCUUGUGCUGCUGUUGCCCUUCCUGUUUCCUAGCCUUUUCACUCCUUUGAGCCAUGCCUUACCAUCUGUUUUCUCGGAGUGGAAUGCUCCAAAGCCAAGACAUUCUCGUUUACUUAAGAGUGCCCUUCAGCGACAAACUCCUGAUGAACAACUGGCUGACCUGUGGAGGCCUCUGGCCCAGCAACAAUGGAAACGUUGUGCCCGAUCUGACAGUGUGUCCUCAUUACCAGAGAAGUCGCAAGGGUAUAUUCAGGUGUUCCUUGAUGGAGGACUAAAUCAGCAAAGGAUGGGUAUUUGUGAUGCAGUUGCUGUUGCUAAAAUUUUGAACGCAACUCUCAUAAUCCCACAUCUUGAAGUAAAUCCUGUUUGGCAAGAUUCAAGCACAUUCAUGGAUAUAUUUGAUGUGGAUCACUUCAUUAAUGUAUUGAAAGAUGACAUAUCUAUAGUCAAAGAGUUGCCUGAUGAAUAUUUUUGGAGCACGAGGGAGUAUUAUGCUACAGCCAUUCGAGCUACCAGAAUAAAAACAGCACCUGUUCAUGCUUCAGCAAACUGGUAUAUAGAGAAUGUAUUGCCUGUGCUGCAGAGUUACGGGAUUGCUGCAAUUGCCCCAUUUUCUCACCGUCUGGCUUUUGACAAUAUGCCCGAGGACAUCCAACGACUACGAUGUAAAGUCAACUUCCAAGCAUUAGUUUUUGUUCCUCACAUAAGAGCUCUUGGGGAUGCUCUCGUUACCCGUCUUAGAUAUCCCCCGAGCACAAGUGAAGUGGACGGCAGUAAUUACCUAAGGCAAGUCAGUGAUUCUAAAGACAAGCAAGGGACUGGGAAGUUUGUUGUCCUUCAUCUUCGUUUUGACAAGGAUAUGGCUGCCCACUCAGCUUGUGACUUUGGUGGAGGCAAGGCUGAAAAAUUGGCUCUGGCGAAGUACCGACAAGUUAUAUGGCAGGGAAGGGUGUUGAAUUCUCAAUUUACCGACGAGGAGUUGAGGAGUCGAGGACGGUGCCCGUUGACUCCUGAGGAAAUUGGAUUGCUGCUGGCAGCUUUGGGAUUCGACAACAGUACUCGUUUGUAUCUUGCGUCCCACAAGGUAUAUGGUGGGGAAGCUAGGAUCUCGACCUUGCGGAGUUUGUUUCCUCAUAUGGAAGACAAAAAGAGCCUGGCCUCUUCAGAAGAAAGAGCUCAAAUUAAAGGGAAGGCAUCCUUGUUAGCAGCAGUUGAUUACUACGUCAGCAUGCACAGUGAUAUCUUCAUUUCUGCCUCACCAGGAAACAUGCACAACGCUGUGGUUGGCCAUCGGACGUACGAGAACAAGAAGACCAUAAGACCUAGCAUGACAUUAUUAGGGCAGCUGUUCUUGAACAAGAACCUGACUUGGCCAGAGUUCCAAGACGCCGUGGUGGAAGGGCACAAGAACAGGCAAGGGCAGCUCCGGCUGCGUAAACCACAGCAGUCCAUAUACACAUAUCCUGCUCCAGAUUGCAUGUGCAAUGCUUGAGAUCGUCUCUUUGUUACUACAGUUCACGGUGCCGAUCUCCUACAAAUUGCAGCAGCAGCAGCUACCGUUUCUUGCUUGUACUAUUUAUUUAGAAUAAGUUAUGACCCCUCCUUUCAUGUUCAGGUAUAGUCCCUCGUGAUCGUACGAGGCAUUCAUCCGGGUCGGAAUCGUUGGUCUUGUGGUUUGAAGUACAAAUUGAUGAACAGCAGCAGUUAGGUUAUUGGUGUAAUAUGUGUUACUGGGAUCCCUAUGAUUAUUUUGUUUAUCCCACCUUGCUUUGCUCUUUA